UUCUGUAAUCAAAGUUCCAUUCCACCCGUACCGUACAGAGCUUCGGUAUUUUGUGCGAUAGAAUCUCCAUCAUUGUUCAUCAUUGCUACGCAUAUUGUUUGCUGAAUUAGCGAAACGAAGAAAAACAAGCAUGCCAUACACGACAAGAAUCAACACGCCAAUCAAUCAUGUCCAGCUGACAAAUGUGGCGGUCGUUCGGAUGAACAAGGGUGGGAAGCGCUUCGAAAUCGCCUGCUAUCGAAAUAAGGUCAUGGAUUAUCGACAGGGUCUCGAGCAAGAUCUUUCAGAAGUGUUGCAGACGGAGCGGGUAUUUGCUAAUGUUAGCAAGGGCGAGUUUUCCAAAGCGAAGGACAUGCAAAAGGUGUUCGGAACCAAGGACGAAGAUGAAAUCUCUAAAAUAAUACUGUCCAAGGGACAGCUGCAGGUUUCGGAUAAAGAACGAGCGCAACAGCAAGAAAAGACAUCAGCUCAAAUAGCAGAGUGGAUUUCCAAGAACUGCGUCCAACCAGCAACAGAUCGCCCUUACACCAUGUCGCAAAUAAGGCACGCCAUGAAAGAAGCGAACGUAUCGAUACAUCCAACAAAGCCCCUCAAGCGACAAUAUCUAGAGUGUGUCAAACUGCUACAAAAGAUCAUGCCGAUCCAACGAGCAAAAAUGGAACUCCUUUUGGUAGUUUUGCCCGAGGACAAGUUGGAGACGGAAGAAAUUCUGAAGGAAAACAACGUGACCUUUUCGGAACCAACAGAAACAUCUCCGUACCUCAAGUAUCAAAUAUUGGUGGAUCCGAGUUUGUACAGAAUCCUCAGCGACGCCAUGCAAAAGAUGUCUGAGGCCCGCAUAGAAAUCGUGAAUCAGAUUGUUACGAAACAAGGAGAUGUCAAUUUAGAAGAAGAAGUUGGAAACAAGAGCGACGGCAUUCAAAGCAAUCCAAAUGCAGCAUACACCAACGAAGACGAUGACUUUCAUGCUGCGCAAUUGAUAGGCAAGGUCAAUAUUUCUUCCAAGCAAAAUUAUGAUGACUCGGACGAUAGCGAAAUCGAAGGAGUGCGCGUGAACCGGAGAAAAGCCCAAAAAAAGAACAAAAAGAAAAAAGGGAAAGCGAAACGAAGAAAUUUCGAGGACGCAGACCAGAAGAACAAUUCUCACAAUGAGAGAUCGACCGAUGGAUUUUCCAGUCAAGCAAUAGGAUUACAUCAGUCCGUAGAUGCAUCUGCUGAGCCUUCGGACAACAGCAAGAAUGCUGUCUCGAUUACUGGCAAUGGAUCGGAUCCAUCCGGUAGAAAGAGUUGCAACACGUGUGGAGGAUUCUUUGAUACUGCUUCCGAAUUUCGGGCACAUUUCAAGAGCGAUUGGCAUCGUUUCAACCAGAAAUUAAAAAUGAAAGGAUGCGCUCCAGUCAGCGAAAAAGAAUUUUUGCUAUGCGACUCGGGCUCGUUUUUUGAAAAUGGCGAUAUGUUAUGAUCGGGAUGACCAAGGUUCUAAAGUGAAACUUUUCUUGAUGGAAAUAGCUUACUUUGAUACUUUGAAACUUAAAACCCAACCUACUUUCUUUGCAUCCGUAAUAGUAAAUCCUGCUCCAUAUGCAAUUUGCACGCCAUCGUGAUGGUUGACAAUGGACUAUCAUAUGAAGAGGAAGUAGACUAAAUUGACUACUAGAUU